CCAUGGCAGCCCUUUUCACGAUGGGCAAGAAGGAAGUUGCGCUACAAUGAGAGCUAUGGCAUUGUCGUGAGCUUAAAAGGUCACCAAGGCUUUCGAAUUUACACCGGCUCAAACCCUUGGCGGGAAAACAAGCUUGUGAGAGGCGGGGCGUGGUCACACGCCGCCUGCCGGCGAUGGCAUGCACAGGAGCCGGCUGGAAGCAAGAUGACAGGUGAGUGGAUACCUCAGCUGGAACGAGUUAUCUAAUCACCUGUCUCUAUUUAGCAGCGUUGGUGACUGCAGGGCGGGGCUGAAAAGCCAGAAGGACCCAGGAGGUGCGGAGGACGCCAUAAGGGUUGUGGGAGGACUGAGCAAGUUAAAAACUUUGUGAGUGAACGAACUAAGACUGAAAAGACUUGGGGAGUGAACGAAGAAGAUGAACUGUUAAAAAUGAAAAGAAAAUCCUUUUGGGAACAAACAAAAGAAGAAAUAUUGUGUGUAAAAAGAUUAAAAAGAAUUAUCAACUUGAACUCCUGCUGUGAUCCUUCGGUCCUGAAGACCCCACGACACAAACCUGUCACAGUUGGCGCCCAACCAAGCAAGGACCGAGGAAGGAUGACGGCCCCCAAACCCCUGGAGGCACUGGGAAGAGUGCUGGCGGAGGUGUCAGCAGCCACCCAGCAGCAGAUGGAGGCAACCAUGCAACAGAUGCAAGUACUGCAAGCACUGGUGAGCCAGUCCAGAGGAAAGGAGAAGGGGAAGGGGACCGCCAUGCAGAGGAUGGCGGAGGGAAAGGACCCGCAAGUAUUCCUCGACGUAUUUGAGACCACAGCGACAGCAUGCGGCUGGCCGGACACCGAGUGGGGUGUCAAGCUGCUGCCGCUCCUGGCGGGGAAGGCGCAGCGGGCGGCGCUUAGUCUCCCAGUGCACGCUCGGGUGCAUUUCCCCAACCUACGGCGGGCAAUAUUAGACCGCAUCGGCAGCCACCCGGAGGACCACCGACGCCGGUUCCGUGCCAUGCGACUGGGGCCCGAGGACCGACCAUUCGUGCUGGCGCAGCAGCUUCGGGAUGCGGCCGUCCGGUGGCUGGAACCCCAGGAAGCCGAUAGCAAGAUGCUGGAGCGGAUCCUCCUGGAGCAGUUUGUGGAGGCCAUCACAGCCCAGACGGCCGCUUGGGUGCGGUACCAUCGCCCGCAGGACCUGAUGGCCGCGGUGGCCCUGGCCGAGGAUCAUCUGGCGGUAUACCGGGAAGGAAGCGCCAAGACUGCCGAAAGACCCACACCAGCGCCACGGGCAGCCGACAGAUCCAGAGCAGCACCACGAGCGGCCGAGCGGCCCAUCCCAGCACCCCGGAGACGGAGCUGGCAGACGCAGGAGGCCGCCAGCCCGGACAAGGACAUGCGCACACACACUCACACACGCACACACAACAUCAUACUCCAGCACUAUUGA